GGACCGGACAAAGUUCUUCCAGCUGGCGAUGAGUUGUGCAACGGUGAACUCGUCCAACGUUUGAAGCUCCCGUCAUCCGAGACGUUCAGUAGUUGAAUGCUAUUUCCUCUCAUUUCCAAUUGUUACAUAUGAUUCAAGCUGCCAUGGCUUCCGCAUCGUCUCCUCCGGUGGGAUAUCACCAGCAGGAGCUUCCUCUCGUUCGACUUCCGGAGCCGUUCAAGACUGCCUACGAGAUCCAAGUUGCCUCGACAGACCAGACAUGGAAGAUAUUUCGAUUGGCGCUGAGCAGCUUUGAUGACGGUGCAAUUGCUCCUCCUGAACCUCUUCAUCACCCGUCUCUCGUUUUCAGCGAGCUGUUGACGCCCGAUCCAUCGCAAACACCGCCCGAAGGCAACAACUCUCCAUGGGCGCGCGCGAAGCGAAGCCCAGCAUGCUACUUGACAUGGGAUGGGGAAGAUACACCUUCCGUGGGACAGAUUUGGAAUGUCGUCUAUGCGAUUUUCUCGUUGCGACCAGACCCUGAGAUCUUCCGCCUGGUCUUGUCGGGCGUUGGCAGAGAGCUUCUCUCGAAGGAAUUGGAAGCAGUCGGCUUAGCGAUCCAGCAUCCUGAUCCCUCUGCGCCGCCAAACCAGCCUAUUCCGCAAUCCAGCGAUCAUGUUGGGCAAUUGGUGAUCCUGCGCCGGACCUUCUGGCAAGGCGCUGGCUGGCCAUUUGGUCCUCGUGCGCCGUGGGUUUCUGACCCAAGUAUCUAUUCUUCCUACCGUCGUCCACUCACUGCGUUCCCACUUCACCCUCUCGAAUACACUCUGACGACCAAGUUUCCCGAUGUGCGCGUGCACGCUCAUCACCCUGUCAGACCUGUAAAGCCAACUCCGGGGUCGACGAUAUACAGCCGGUAUAUUCCUCAUCUGAAGGAGUACUUUUCCAUGGUAGCUCUCGAUUACGAGAACGAUGAGCACCUCCAACUGUUCCACAAGUGGCAGAAUGACCCCCGAGUGUCGAAAGGAUGGAACGAGACCGGCACUCUGGACCAACACAGAGAGUAUCUGCGCAAAGCUCACGAGGAUCCGCAUCAAUUGACCGUCCUGGCCAAAUUUGAUGACACAUUUUUCGCAUACUUUGAAAUCUACUGGGCCAAGGAGGAUCACCUAGGCGCAUACUACGACGCAGGCGACUACGACCGCGGCCGACAUUCCCUCGUGGGAGACGCCCGCUUCCGAGGACCGCACCGUGUGAUGGCCUGGUGGUGCAGCCUGAUGCACUACAUCUUCCUCGACGAGCCGCGAACGAGCUUUGUUGUCGGAGAGCCCAAAGCCACAAAUACCACCGUCCUCGCAUACGAUCACGCGCACGGGUUCAACAUCGAGAAGCUCGUCGAUCUCCCACAUAAGCGAUCUGCAUUCGUCCGAUGCAGUCGCGAGAAGUUCUUUCAAAUUGCGCCUUUCGGCUUCAACGGCGCUGGGACCAUCAAGGGAAACCCGGAUCGCGCAUUGAAGCUUUGAAAUGCUGUCAUACAUACUUUCUUAGCGUGGGCGGUUACUUAAAUUGUUUUGUACUCUAGUGAAACG